CUGUAACAGAAAGAAACGGGAUUCGGUUCAUCUUCAUCAGUUACAAAACCCAAAAAGCAGAUAUUUCCUUUCAUCCUCACUCCUCUUCGAAGCCCUUUUGACCUGAUUACCGACACUCCCCUUACGCGCCUCUUCCCUGCCUCAAUUCAACCCCGUUUCCUUCGAUCCAAUGCCAAUGGUGAACAAAAUGCUUUGAUUCUGCUACCCUCAAACGAAUAAACGCUCCUUUCCUACUCCCGAUUCUUCAUUUCCCCUCCAAUCUUAUCCUUUGCUUCAAACAGAUCGCCAAUUCCUCUUUUGGGAAACUGAAUUAAUCGCCUCUUUCUCUUCGUUUUCUCUGCGAUUUAAUGGAGAAAAGGGCGUAUUCAUAAGAGGGUUCUUUCUUUUUCCUUCUGUUCAUCUUUCCCUCUUCGAUUUCUUCUGACUUUUGGGGAUUUGGGUCUGUUCGAGAACGGAUUUUAGAUGGGUUUGCUUAGUAGUAUACUGGGUUUCUUCGGAUUUGGCUUGGGAACUUCGAUUGGGAUUGUGAUUGGAUAUUACAUGUUCAUCUAUUUUCAGCCGUCGGAUGUCAAGGAUCCUGUUAUUCGCCCUUUGGUUGAGCAAGAUACGAGCUCGUUGUUGCGGAUGAUGCCGGAAAUACCUCUGUGGGUGAAAAAUCCUGAUUACGAUCGUAUUGAUUGGCUCAACAAAUUCCUUGAACUUAUGUGGCCUUACUUGGACAAGGCCAUUUGUAAGACAGUGAAGAACAUAGCAAAGCCUAUUAUUGCUGAGCAAAUUCCAAAAUACAAAAUCGAGGCUGUUGAAUUCGACACGCUUACAUUGGGCUGCUUACCACCCACUCUUCAAGGAAUGAAAGUUUAUACGACUGAUGAUAAAGAGUUGAUCAUGGAGCCAUGCAUGAAGUGGGCGGGAAAUCCGAAUGUUACCGUUUCAGUUAAAGCAUUCGGAUUGAAAGCGACUGUUCAGGUGGUCGAUUUGCAAGUGUUCGCUAUUCCGCGUAUAACCCUGAAGCCUUUGGUCCCGACAUUUCCAUGCUUCGCCAAAAUAUUUGUCUCUCUAAUGGAGAAGCCCCAUGUCGAUUUUGGGCUGAAAUUGCUCGGUGCAGAUGCGAUGGCCAUCCCGGGGCUGUAUAGGUUUGUUCAGGAACUCAUAAAAGAUCAAGUUGCCAAUAUGUAUCUAUGGCCGAAGACCCUCGAAGUACCGAUAAUGGAUCCUGCAAAAGCCAUGAAGAAACCUGUUGGCAUCCUUCAUGUGAAGGUUUUGAAAGCAAUGAAGCUGAAAAAGAAAGAUCUAUUUGGGGCUUCUGAUCCAUAUCUGAAACUGAAGCUCACUGAAGACAAGCUUCCUUCUAAGAAAACGACUGUGAAACACACGAAUUUGAACCCGGUUUGGAACGAGGAGUUUACUUUUGUCGUGAAAGAUCCCGAGUCUCAAGCUUUGGAACUGAUUCUUUACGAUUGGGAGCAGGUUGGGAAGCAUGAUAAGAUGGGAAUGAAUGUUGUUCCACUGAAAGAACUUACACCCGAGGAGUCCAAGGAAUUGACUCUUGAAGUGUUGAAAAAUAUGGAUCCUAACGAUACACAAAACGAGAAGUCGAGAGGGCAGCUUGUCGUGGAAUUGUUGUACAAACCUUUCAAGGACGACGAAGCUCCGAAAGAUGAUGGUGAUGAUGCAGCGGCAGUACAAAAGGCUCCCGAUGGAACGCCCGAUGGCGGAGGCCUGCUUGUUGUCAUAAUCCAUCAAGCUGAAGAUGUGGAAGGGAAGCAUCAUACGAACCCCUACGUUCGUUUACUUUUCAGAGGAGAGGAGAAACGAACUAAGCAUGUUAAGAAGAACCGGGAUCCAAGAUGGGACGAGGAGUUCCAGUUUACGCUCGAGGAGCCACCGGUGAACGAUCGGAUUCAUGUGGAAGUACUGAGUGCAUCUUCAAGGAUAGGCCUGCUUCACCCCAAGGAAACUUUGGGGUAUGUGGACAUAAACUUAGCUGAUGUCGUCUCAAACAAGAGGAUUAAUGCGAAAUAUCAUCUGAUCGACUCGAAGAACGGGAGGAUCCAAAUCGAGCUACAAUGGAGAACUUCAUCAUAGGCAGGCAGCUAGUAGCAGCCACUCUUUUCAUUGUAUUUCUUUUUUGCUUGAAAACCUUUCUCCAUGUAGGCUAAAUUGAAGUAGGUGAUUUUUGUUUUAAUGAAAUGUUGAUAUGGUUUGGUUUAUUUUCAUUUGGUCCAAAAACAAAGAUUGAAUAAUGUCAAUGCUUUCAUUUUGGUUUAAA